AGGAUCUCGCGAGAAUGUGCGAGACGAUAAGUUGAAGAAACAUGGCGACGUCUAAUUUGUUAAAGAACAAAGGGUCCCUGCAGUUUGAGGACAAGUGGGAUCUGAUGCGGCCCAUCGUUCUCAAGCUGCUCAGACAGGAGGCCGUCACCAAGCAACAGUGGUUCGACUUGUUCUCAGACGUCCAUGCUGUGUGUCUAUGGGAUGAUAAAGGACCUGCAAAAAUCCAUCAAGCCCUCAAAGAGGAUAUCCUAGAUUUUAUCAAACAAGCACAGGCUCGCGUGUUGAGCCACCAGGAUGACACAGCACUUCUAAAGGCCUACAUCGUGGAGUGGAGAAAGUUCUUCACCCAGUGCGACAUCCUGCCCAAACCCUUCUGCCAGUUAGAGAUCACGCUGAUGGGCAAACAGGGCAGCAACAAGAAAACAAACAUGGAGGACAGCAUCGUACGCAAGCUCAUGCUCGACACGUGGAACGAGUCGAUUUUCUCCAACAUUAAGAGUCGCCUGCAGGACAGCGCCAUGAAGCUGGUGCACGCAGAGAGGCAGGGGGAGGCGUUCGACUCCCAGCUUGUUAUAGGCGUCAGAGAGUCGUACGUGAACCUGUGUUCAAACCCGGAGGACAAGUUGCAGAUCUACAGAGAUAACUUUGAGAAAGCGUACCUCGACUCCACAGAGAGGUUUUACAGAACACAGGCACCGUCCUACCUGCAGCAGAACGGCGUCCAGAACUACAUGAAAUACGCUGAUGCAAAGCUGAGAGAGGAGGAGAAGAGAGCACUUAGAUAUCUAGAGACACGUCGUGAAUGUAACUCGGUUCAAGCACUUAUGGAGUGUUGUGUGAAUGCUUUGGUGACUUCUUUCAAAGAGACCAUCCUAACUGAAUGUCCAGGGAUGAUCAAACGGAAUGAAACAGACAGGCUGCACCUGAUGUUUUCAUUAAUGGACAAGGUUCCCAGUGGAAUCGAGCCGAUGCUGAAAGACCUGGAAGACCACAUUAUCAAUGCUGGACUGGCAGACAUGGUGGCUGCUGCUGAGACUAUCACUACUGACUCUGAAAAGUACGUGGAGCAGUUGUUAACUUUGUUUAACCGCUUCAGUAAGCUUGUAAAAGAAGCCUUCCAGGAUGACCCUCGCUUCCUCACGGCCAGAGAUAAGGCUUAUAAAGCUGUUGUCAACGACGCCACAAUCUUCAAACUGGAGCUACCUUUGAAGCAGAAAGGUGUGGGUAUGAAGACCCAGCCGGAGUCAAAGUGUCCUGAACUGCUGGCAAACUACUGUGACAUGCUGCUGAGGAAAACUCCCCUGAGCAAGAAACUCACUUCAGAGGAGAUCGAGCUCAAACUCAAAGAAGUGCUUCUGGUGUUGAAGUACGUCCAGAACAAAGACGUGUUCAUGCGUUACCACAAAGCUCACCUGACCAGGCGCCUGAUUCUGGACAUCUCUGCAGACAGUGAGAUUGAAGAGAACAUGGUGGAGUGGCUGAGAGAAGUAGGAAUGCCUGCAGAUUAUGUCAACAAGCUGGCCAGGAUGUUUCAGGACAUCAAAGUCUCAGAGGACCUCAAUCAAGUCUUCAAGGAGAUGCACAAACACAACAAGCUUGCACUGCCAGCGGACAGCGUGAACAUUAAGAUCCUGAAUGCUGGAGCCUGGUCCCGAAGCAGUGAGAAGGUUUUUGUGUCCCUCCCCACGGAGCUGGAGGAUCUGAUCCCGGAGGUGGAGGACUUCUACAAGAGGAAUCACAGCGGCCGCAAACUUCACUGGCAUCACCUCAUGUCCAAUGGCAUUAUCACCUUCAAAAACGAGGUUGGACAGUACGACCUGGAGGUGACGACGUUCCAGCUGGCCGUGUUAUUUGCCUGGAACCAGAGACCCAGAGAGCGAAUCAGCUUUGAGAACCUGAAACUCGCCACAGAGCUGCCUGACGCGGAGCUACGCCGAACACUCUGGUCUUUGGUUGCCUUCCCCAAGCUGAAGAGGCAGGUGUUGUCUUAUGACCCUCCUGUUAACUCGCCCAAAGACUUCACAGACAGCACACUCUUCUACGUCAACCAGGAGUUCUCACUCAUAAAAAACUCCAAAGUCCAGAAGCGGGGGAAAAUCAAUCUGAUUGGUCGGCUGCAACUGACGACAGAGCGAAUGAGAGAAGAGGAGAAUGAAGGAAUAGUCCAGCUUAGAAUACUCAGAACUCAGGAGGCAAUCAUUCAAAUCAUGAAGAUGAGGAAAAGGAUUAGCAACGCACAGCUGCAGACGGAGCUGGUGGAGAUCCUGAAGAACAUGUUCCUGCCUCAGAAGAAGAUGAUCAAGGAGCAGAUCGAGUGGCUCAUCGAGCACAAGUACAUAAAGAGGGACGAGACUGACAUCAACACCUUCCUCUACAUGGCCUAGGCAGGAAGGGAGGGGAGCGAUUCUUGCUCUCUUUUUUUUAAACUCCUGGCCGGCAAUCAGCGCUUUGAAAACCUGCGAGGGGACAGGGGCGAUGAUCAAACGGAUGUGUUUGUGGGGAAAAAAAGGAUAUUGGUGAUGACAAGAAGGGAGCAUUUCAAGUGAAGAAGAGUCUCUCCAGCAGAAGUUUGGAUGGUGUUUUGUGUUUGUUAGACACCGGUGUGUAAUGCGAGUGUCGAGGCGUAGAGUUGAGUCAUCGGACUGUCUGUUUGUCUCUGCUGCUGUCUCGUGUCGAUCAGACGAAAGGGACUGCAGCGUUGUGCCAUUUGCCUGCAGCUCAGAAGAAAAAAAAAAAUAGUGACAUUAUUAAAUUAAAUACUUCCUGCCUUACUUUCAUCAGCAACAGACUGCAGACAGAGGAGGAGAAGCAGUGACGAUGGGACAAGCUGAUAUCAAUCCUUUGCUUUCACCUAAUGCCACAGCUGCCAUCUUAACAGCAGCCAUUUUGCAUCCCUCUAUUCUACAUCUGUCUUUUUUUGUAAACCGGGAACGCAAAAAUCUGGAAGCUGCCAUUAUGGAGGCGUGGACAUGGAUGGGAGGGAUUAGUCGAAACUACCGUGGAGUAUUUUGCCAAAAUUGUGUGUUUGUAAGUGUGUGUGGGAGAGUGUGUGUGUGUGUGGAUGUGUUCAGGUGCAUGGUGUGCAUCUAGUCUUUUAGGUGUGUGUAUGUGUGCACUUUCAACAGCAUGCUGCUUUAUGAGUUUGUUUUGUUCAUUGGAGGGUCUGUCACACUUUGAGGUUGAGUCUGUUAACACAGAAGAGACCAGCCGUCGAUUAAAUUAUGAUAUUUAAUGUUACUUUGUGUCACCUGUGGCUGGUUCAGUUUGUCAACAGGUAAACAUAAACUUUAUGGGCUUGAUUUGGUGUUUAAGACCUGUGCUAUGAAAUGUUGCUCUGAAGAGGGACACAUCUUUGAGACCAGGACGCCAGAAAAUAGAAACACAUAUCUGAAUUUUCACCUCAAUAAUCCGCUUAGAGAGUGAGUUUCUUUUUGCACAACGUCAAACUUAACAAACAAAAUCAUGUCAUGGAGAUAAAACUGAUCAAGCUGCUUUCUUUCUGACCUUUCCUGGAGGACAUCUCUCCUGGAAAUUUGAGUUCAUGCGGCCAUCAUUUCAUUCGUUACCCCAAUUUCUACCUAAACUCACAGAUCCAACAGACGCCACUCUCUUUAGAAGGAAUAUAAUCAGUCUGAAGUGAUGGUGUGAAAGCAAAGGAGGCAUUGGAUGAGAGCUUAUUGGUUUUAUUGUGGUGAUGCUUUCUGGGUGUCCUCUCUUUUUAUUUUUAGUUCCAGUUAAGAAGCUAUAGAAUAUUAUUUCAGACUUGUUGCAAAUUAUGAAGACAUCAUUCUUGAUGUGUGUGUGUGUGUGUGUGUGUGUGUGAGGGAUGUUUUGGAGUCCUGCUGAUUAACCCGACUAGCAGGAGUUUGCGUGUAGCUCUCUGUCCAUGAGGAGGAAACUGGGGUUCUGUGUUUUACCUGAAAGUUACUUUAACAGGAACGCAGGUGGGUUCAUUUAGCAGGUAAGAGUCCGGUCACUCAGGGUCACAUGGAUCUGCAUUACAUUGCUCUGUGACGUGUGGCAAAGUGAGUGAUAGCUUAUAAGAGAUGGAUCAAUGCAUGUGAGAGGGAAGAAGUUAAGACAAUAUAGCACAAAAAAACUUGGAGAGUGAUUCAGAAAAAACAAGUUUUCCAACAAAGAGCACUUAAAGGAUGUUUUUUUUAGUUUGUAAAAUGAGUUGGAGAGGAAUGUUGGAUGUCAUUGUGAGAGCUGUGGGUUUUAGAACGGACUAUAAUCAUUAUUGGGACUGAGGAAGCUCCUUGCGUGCAUUUGGGCGUGCUGUAGAAACUCAAAAUUGAAUUUAAAAUAUCUGAACCCUUAAACAAGUUCUCCAUAAAUCUCUUAAAGGUCUGGGGCGCUGGUGGCCUAGCGGUCUAAGCGCCCUACGUACAGAGGCCACAGGCCUCUUUGCAGGGGUCGCCGGUUCGAUUCCAGGCCGGUCAACCAUUUCCUGCAUGUCUUCCCUCACUCUUUACUCCCCACAGUUCCUGUCUCUCUUCAGUUGUCCAAUAAAAUAAAGGCAAAAAGGCCAAAAGAUAUAACUUUAAAAGAAAUCUCUUAAAGGUCUGAAAACCUUGGACCAGCUGAAAACUCACCGUGUGAUAAAAAACACUUUUUGAGAGCACAGGUUCCUCAAACUGCACAAACUGAAGACCCUUCCUUCUUCUUUCUUUGUUCCUCUCAGCUUUAACUCUAGAGAUCCCCGUUAUCCGUUGUGACUCCUGAAUCCUCCAGUGUGGCAAAGAGCUGUUUGUUUUUGAGAUACAGUUAAAAGGAGCAGACAAGUGUUUGAGUGUAUCCUCCAGAGGCUGAGUGAAGCCUUUUAAAACAUGUUUGAAAGCACUAUAAUCACAUCAACGUUAGUUCAAGAAUACAGGGUCUGCUGCAGAAACGUCAGUCCAGUGAAUCAGAUUCAUUAAAGCAUGAUCAGUUGCACUUUUCUCCGAAGGCGCUCUUGAAGAGUUCAUGUCAGAAACACUGUAUUUAGAAACACGGGGACUCCUCCUCCUCCUCCUCCUUCCUGAUAUAGUUCCAUUCAUCUUCAGUCAUUUUAACGCUGCUUUUAUGAAUCGUGAGAGAGCAUCUUAUUCAUCUCUGGUUUCGGAUAUCAUCAUGUGAUCAGUGAGGAAGAGGACAGAAGACAGUGAAUGUGUGGGAAUGUUUUUUGUUUUCAUAUUUAUUCGAUAUUUAUGAAGAAUGUUUCUGUUUUUCUUUGUCGGUUCAAAUGUUCAUGUUUCCUUUUCCUUCUUUGUUUUUUGGUAACAUGCUUCCUUUAGUGUAUUGUUUAACUUUAAAGAGAAAAAAGGAUGAUUUAUUUCAUACUUCUAGUUUGUCAAACUGAAAUGGUUAGAGAGCAGGUUGGCAAUAACAAGAUUUACAUUUGACUCACUUUCUUAUAAAAACUAAAGAUCAAACCAAGACGUCGUCUUUUCUGAAUGCAGGGAAGCGUUUCCUGAAAGGAUAGAAACUCCUCUUAUUGAUCCCAUUAUGCAGGUCUUCUAACUCUAUAUGCACAGAGAAGCUCAGUUAGCAUUAUGCUGUUAGAACACUUAACCUAAACACAUGUUCAGAUGCAUGGAGCACAGUGAAAGCUGAGUUAUUAAGGACAGUUGUUCUUUCUCUGGUCUCAUUUAGUUUCCUCAACAAAUUCAAACAAACGUUCUGCCUCUCAUUUCUUUUUAGAUUGAACAGAAAAUAUGAUCCCAAAUUAUCUGAAUGUGUUACAUGUUGUAUGAACAACUUAGUGAGCCUGAAUGUUAACAAGACAGAACACUAAAUUGCACAUUCAGAGUCCACCCUGUAGUCAUAUGUUGGAAGUCCAGAUCCAGGACAAACUGAGAGAACUGAUCAUUACCUGUUCGGUGAAGCACUUUCUUGAGCUCUAGUGCAAGGCCCCCCUAAAAAGGGGUUUAAUUGUGUGCAUGAAUUAACUUUCAGAAAUAGUUUUUGGAACAUGGAGUCAGUAUUAGUCCGUACUUGAGUCCAAAGUUUCCUUGAUUCUGGUUUAAGGACGCCCUAAAUCGCCCGCAAGCUUCAAAAACAUUCUUAUCCAUUAACUUCAAUCUGUCACCGGUCGGACAACAUCUCAAAACUUCAUCAGCAUGCAUGUUCAAUCUCCAAUACUUCAGCCUUUCCACAACAUCUACCUUUUUGUCUUUUAAAAUCUUCAGUUUUGGAUCCUUUAACUGAAAUGUGUCUUUUCAUUUAAAGGUUAUUACUGAGAUCAUACGUAAAUGUGUUGAACUACAUUAUAGAGACAGGUUGUCUAUUUCUUUCUCCUCCAUUUAUGCACAGGGGGGUAAAUAUUUAAAAUACCUCAGUAUUAUGCAGUCCAGUCCUCAUCCAUCAAUAACUAUGAACUCAGCGCUACAACGUUAAACAUUACUAACACCUCUAUGACUGUGUCAAUAGAAAACUGAGCGUUCAGGAGACAAUGAAAGUUGACUUUAUGCACAGUCUUAGUGGAUUUGGCAGAGUCAUUGGCUAUUUUCAGAUAUAGAUUUCAGAUAACACUCCACAACUUGUUCAUUAUCCACAGCUUCAUUGAGUUUAUGUCACUACACACUAAGUUUCAAUGACUUCUUCAGUUUAACUUUAAUUCAUUGAAUGUUUUUAUGAAUCUGAGCCAACAGUACAACUUUCAGUCAGAGCUUUAAAAAGAAAAGUCAACAGAAUUUAUAUUUUAUCCAUUUCUAAUUCAGCACAGCACACAAAGGUGUCACUUCCCUCCUUGGUAACAUUUUUUAACAUAUGAGUCUCUUUUUAUUUAACAUUACUUGUUAUAAAUGAUUUAAAUCGAUGGUGUAAUAUUCUGUCCAUCAUAAUAAGUCUGUAGCUUUUUAAAAGUCCUGGUAAAAGAAGAUUUGAUUUCAGUAGAAGUUCAAAGAAGUGAAAGCUUUUUCCCCCUCUGUGAAUGAUGGAGUAGGAACUGUGGUUGUAUUGUUUUUCUCAUUUGAAUCCUGAUCACCUGCCCAUCAGCCUGGCCUACACAGGGGGGCAGACCCACCUGUAGCCUUGCAUAAAGACAAAACUUGAAGUAAACACAAUCGGUGACAGCCUAAACUAGCUGAAUGUUUGUAACAUCGAACUUUGAGUGGAAGGAGAGUGGUUCGACCACUUUCAUGUGCUGCAUUGUUUUCCUUGUUUCAAAUGUUUUGAAAGUUGACCUAUUUAUUUCCUGGCAAAAUAAAGACAACUGUUAUGACA